GCCACCACCAUGGCCUCUCUCGCUGCUCGCGCCCUCCCUCUCGCCCGGACACAAUCAGCUCGCGUUCAAACCCGUCUGCUCUCCACCACGCGGGUAGUGCGCCAGGAGGCGACCCCCAAUUUGGGCUCUGUUCCCCCAGCGAAGAAGCCCGUCGGUGCAUUCCGGGGAGGUAUCGUCGGGUUCUUGUUUGGCUUUUCUCUUGCUUCGUCGCUUGCGGCAUACCACUUGCUAGAGGAGUACAAGUUGGCGUCCGCAGCGCUGCAGGCUAGCGUAGAAGAGCUGCAAACGAGCACACAGAAGGUCUCCGCACACGUUCGACGCAUCGAAGCGGUCGAGAAGGACUUGAAGGCUCUGAGCGAGUCCUCGGCGACGAAGGAGGACAUCUCGCGUGUACGCGCUGAAAUGAAGAAGUUGUAUGAUGGCUUGCACGUCGAAUUCCUCGACCUGCGGGCGCAUGUCUGGGGCAUCCAGGAGGAUGUGCAUGCGUUGUCCAAGAAGAACGGCACCACCGUGCGCAUCGUGUAAAACCGCGGAAUGUCUAUUUGCACAGAUAUAUCCAUACAUUCCCAAACCGUUGCCAU